UCCUUUCCAAUGUCACCAACAGUGGACCACGAGGACCGGUUUUCAUCUACGAACCAACCCAUAGCCAAGUGGCCUUCGCCAACACAAAAGGAACUCUUUUGGACUGUUCCGCCUUUGGGCGCCCAGCCCCUGUUUUAGAAUGGGCCAAGGAGGACGGGAGUUUUGUUGACAACAUUCCUGGUGUUAUAGAAAUCCUUCACAACAACUCUUUAUAUUUCCCGCCAUUUCAAGAUGGCGCGUUUAGAGCCGACGUUCACAUCGCCAGCUACAGAUGCAUGGCCAGCAACUUGGUGGGAACAAUUAUCAGUCGGAAAGUGAAGAUAAAAGCAGUGCUAAUAGAACAGUACAAGUCCUACAAUGUCCGAGUGAACGAUGUGUGGGCAAUGAGAGGCACGACCGCCGUGUUCCGCUGUGAGAUCAACCCGUACAUCGUCAAGGAUUACGUCAACAUCACGGGAUGGUGGAAGUCGAACACUGUGAUAAAACCAGACGACAGAUACAGUAUCCUUCCCUCUGGUGAACUCCACAUACGAAAUUUUAGAGACGAAGACACACAGUCAACAUAUAGAUGUAUUACAAACAACGUCUUGACUGGAGACCAAAAAGCCAGUCUACCCGCCUCGCUCAACGUGAUAGCAGCAACCAUCAACAGCCCUCCACAUAUACAAGACACAGUAUCCCAAAUCAAACUACAAGAAGGUCACACCGUAGAGCUACCCUGCACAGCGACUGGAUACCCCCUGCCGCGAUAUUCAUGGACAAAAGAUGGCACUGCAGUCGUCACAGACCAAAGCAAGGUGUUCCAGAGAGGAGGGAAUCUUGUGAUACGAAACGUAGUCACCAGCGACUCAGGGACGUAUAUUUGUACGGCAUCCAAUACGCUCGGCUCUAAAACGGCAGCUACGCAACUUACAAUAUCGGCUCCAUUAUCAGUCAGCGUCACUCCAACACGGCAAACCAUAGACGGGGGUGACCCGGCGUCUCUUAACUGUUCCAUUCAUGGCUACCCUGUCUCCUCCGUCACGUGGUUUAAGGAUGGCCGCCUGCUUACGGCUGACGACCACGUGUCAUUUGAAAAUGACCGCGUGCUGCGAUUGGCCAGUGUCCAGAGGAUGGACAAGGGGAUGUACCAGUGCGUGGCGUCCAAUGAGGAAGACAAUGCCCAGGGGUCAGCUCAGCUGGAUUUGGGAGCCGCCAAGCCUUUGUUUCACGGAGUGUUUCAAGAGCAGUACAUGCAGCAACACACGUCAAUAUCUCUGAAAUGCAUUGCAUCUGGGAACCCCAUCCCAAAUGUCACGUGGACACUGGAUGCGGGAGAGAUCCCCAAAAAUGGCAGAUUCCGCAUGGGCUAUUACGUUACACCACAAGGUGACGUCAUUAGUCACGUAAACAUUACUGACCUCAGAGUUGAAGAUGGUGGAUUAUAUCGCUGUUUUGCUGAAAAUAAAGUCGGAAGUCUGGCCCAUCAAAAUCGACUCAAUAUUUAUGGAGUGCCUUACAUACGACCCAUGAAGAAUGUGAGCGCGGUAGCCAAUGAUAAACUUGUAAUACCUUGUUAUGCAUCGGGAUUUCCUCUACAGAGUAUAGAGUGGUCAAAAGGCGGUCACACCCUGCCUAUUAACCACCGUCAAGCAGUGUCCACGGCUGGAGUACUCACCGUGGAGAAUGUGCAGAAGUCGUAUGAUGAAGGCGCCUACGUAUGCACUGCUUCAAACAACAAAGGGCAGAUAGCAAGCAGAAGUGUACAUGUGCAAGUCAUGGAACCACCCAGAAUUGACAGAUUCAAUUUCCCAAAAAGAAAGGAGGGUGACCGUGUGUCAGUGUCCUGUAUGGUCAGCUCUGGAGAUACCCCAAUAACACUGAGCUGGCUCAAGGAUGGUCAAGCCAUUCCCCUUGAUCUUGGUAUUACUGUACAGAGGCUAGGUCCAUACAUGAGCACCUUGAUGAUAGGAGAUGUGACCCCUCAACACAAUGGCAACUACACCUGUAUAGCUCAAAACAGUGCUGCCAUGGUGAACUACACUGCUGAACUGCAUGUAGAUGUGCCUCCUCGCUGGGUUGUGGAGCCUUCCAAUUCCUUUGUGGUCCUCAGUCAGACUGUGCUGCUUCACUGUCAGAGUACAGGUACCCCAGAACCCACCGUCAUGUGGAAGAAAGCCAAAGGUGAAAACCCUGGCAACUACCAGGUGAUGGACUUCUCUGAAACCGCGCCCAAUGGCCGCCCCCACCGCCACCUCUUCCCCAAUGGUACCCUGGUCAUCAACCAGGCCAGAGAGGAGGAUCAUGGGUAUUAUCUCUGUCAUGCCAGUAAUGGAAUCGGGACGGGACUUAGCAAAGUGGUAUUCCUGAAUGUACACAUACCAGCCAGAUUUGAUGAAAACAAGAGGAACCACUCUGUCCUGAAGGGGGCCAGUAUUAACAUCAGCUGUGAUGCUAUUGGAGACAUGCCUAUGUCUCUCGGCUGGAGCUUUAACGGGGAACAGCUGAACUGGCAGAAUAAUCAGAGGCUUGCUUUGAUACUGCACAAUACAGAUAGAGGGCGCACCACCAAGCUGACCAUCAACCCUGCAGUGAGAGAAGAUUCUGGUUUUUAUGUCUGUAUUGCCAAGAAUGCCUUUGGGGAUGAUACGUUACUGAUUGAACUUACAGUGCUAGAAAAACCCGAGGCUCCAGUGGAUGUUGAAGUGGGGUCCAAGUGGAGCCGCUCUGCCAGUAUUUCCUGGAGGGCCCCUUUUAAUGGCAACAGUCUUCUCCUCAACUAUGUGAUACAGUACAAAAAUUUCACAGAUGUGUGGUCUCCCAGUACCAAGAACUUGACCACUUUACCUAAUGUUACCAUGGCAACGCUCCAUGGUCUCCACCCUGCCUAUAACUACAGUGUCCGCAUGCUUGCAGUAAACAAACUGGGAGAGGGUCUACCAAGUGAUGUUGUGAAUUUUACAACUCGAGAGGAGGCCCCGUCAGGUCCUCCCACUGACAUACAGCUGAAAGCUACAGGUUCACAGUCUCUGGAAGUCACCUGGCAGCCUCCACUCCCAGAGCACCAAAAUGGCGUCAUCCAGGGCUACUACGUUGGCUACAAAAUCUAUAACAGCAGUACACCUUAUAUCUACAUCACAAGACAAAACAGUCAAGGUUUCACUCGGCACUACUCCAUAACCAACUUGGAGAAGUUUACCAAGUAUGCGCUCCACAUCCAGGCAUUUAAUUCUGAGGGGGCAGGGCCUAAGUCACCUGACAGUGUUGUCAUGACACUAGAGGAUGUGCCCAGCCGACCACCCCAGAGCGUGCAGGCCACACCCCUGAGUUCUGUCAGCAUUCGGGUUCUGUGGGCACCACCCCCCUUCUACACCCUCAAUGGUGUGCUGCUGGGGUUCAAGGUGCUCUACAAGCCUGUCACCCCUGAUGAAGAUGAAAGUGAUGCCCAGGUGAUUACCACUAAGAACAUCAAUGCAGACAUCCACGGCUUGGAGAAGUUCACCAACUACAGUCUGCAGGUGCUGGCCUACACUAGAAUGGGGGAGGGGGUCCGCAGUGCCCCCAUCUAUGUCAGGACAGAACAGGAUGAGCCUGGUCAGCCAGCAGACGUGAAAGCUCUUGCCAUGAAUGAGAGCAGCAUACUCAUCACAUGGAAAAAGCCUCUGAGACCAAAUGGAAUAAUACAGAAAUACAUCAUCUACUUCAAGCACAAUGAUGCCAUGGGAAAGGAGAUCCUGGACCGUGUGGAGGUCCCUCCCAGCCAGCUUAGCUACAGUGUCACUGGUCUGGUACAGAACAGAAUGUACACCUUCCAGGUCUCUGCUGCCACCAUUGUAGGGGAGGGGGAGAGAACCAGGGAGGUCUCCCAGACCCCAGUAGAAAGAGUGGCUGCCCGUGUGGCUAGUUUUUCAGCCAGAGUUUUGACUCCUUGGAAAGAGAAUGUGAUGCUCCCUUGCUUGACUGUGGGUGACCCCGUACCUUCCAUUCAGUGGAGGAAAAGAGGCGUGUCCCUAACUCCUGACAACUCGCAUGUGAAGAUCCUGGAGAAUGGCACGCUAGAAAUUGUGGAUGUUCAAGGCGUAGACGCCGCUAACUACACAUGCCAGGCUGUGAACCAGUAUGGUGCCGACGAGAUCACGAUAUCUCUAAUAGUGCAGGUCAAUCGUGACAUAAGGACACCCCCCAGGGCCCCUACAAUAUCAGUUGCAGUGACAACAGAGAAGUCAGUCCAGGUGAACUGGCGUUCUGGCAGCAAUGGCGGCAGCACAAUUACAGGGUUCAUCUUGAUGUACAAGGCUGACCACGAGGACUGGACUGAAGUGACCACAAGACCACAGAACAGGACAUACACGGCACAGAACCUGAAGUGUGGCACGCAGUACAGAUUUAAGAUGAAAGCUAGAAACAGUAUUGGCUUGGGAGACCUCAGCAACAUCAUCACCACAAAAACCAAUGGUUCUGCCCCCAUCAUGCCACCACAGAGUAUGCUAUUGGAGCAUAUCAACUCUACUUUCAUCACACUGAAUUUAAACUCCUGGCAGACAGACAAGUGUCCCAUCACCUCCUUCACAGUCAAGUAUCAGGUGUGGGGGGAUAGUAACUGGGCCACAAUACCAGUGACCAGGACUGACCUUGAGGAGAGCCACCUAGUGGAAGAUCUACACCCUGCCACAUGGUACAUCAUGAAGGUCAUAGCUAACAGUGAUGCUGGUUCCACAGAAUCUGUCCUGAAGUUUGCUACUCUGACUUAUACCGGAGAAAAACUCCCUGACUCUCUUCCUAUGGAUUUUUCACUGUCAAGCACCAUCACCCCUAUAAUGAUUACCCACAAGUACGAGCCAGAGUUCUACCAGAAGAUUCAUGUCAUGGUGCCGCUAAGCUUGGCCCUCGUCCUCGUCAUCACCAUAUCUCUGGGUACCGCUCUGUACUGCAAGAGACGCCAUGAGGCCAUGAGAUGGAAAGAAGCCAAGUCAAAUUUGAGAAGGGACAUAACAGCUGAGACAUCUCUAAUGACCGACCUUGACAAACGUUUCGAUAAAGAUUCUGACAGCUCCAACUCCUUGGGGUAUACCCCAGAGCCAGUGCACCUGAGAAAUGUCAAUCUUCUCAUCAUGGACCAAUCAAAUGAGGAGUUGCCGGGGCCAAACACAGACUGGACCAAUCAGGAGAAUGCCCAGAAUACACAGCAGGAAAUGGCUGGUUCAGUUGACUCAGAUGGUUUUAUCAACCCGUACGCCACAUUCUGCUACCCAAAACCAGGAGGACCUACGCCACCUUUACAACCAAUCAGGACUCCACUGCUCCAGACUUUUACAAAACACAAACACACGCCACAGCAUGGCUCACAAGAUCUAGUUGCGUUAGAGAAGACAGAGGCUCAGAGAAAGUUUGCGGAGAAGUUUCCAUUUGCGCUGCCUCCGCCUCCCCCUCCCAUUAGCACUGCCACUAACGUAUUACCAGAGGUAAAUUUGCUGAGUCAUCCUAAAUACAGGCAAGCCACGGGAGUGGGUCUAAGUCCACGAAAGUUUGCCAGUGCAGAUGCCAUACAUGCCUUGUUUACGGGGAGAAAUGGUAAACCAGGGCCGCCACCCCACCACCAUCAGACAUACAGCAUCCCUUCCAACUCUAGACCACCGUCACAAAUGUCGUCUAUUUGUGAAAAAGCUGGCCAAAGAAACAGUGCCAUAUCCAGCGUCACCACCGUUUCCUCCAACCAUGAUGAGUUGAUGCUAGCAUUCCACAACGGUUUCCCGAGCACAGUGACUCCUCCAGACUCUGAAAACCAGAAAGAGGACAGCAUUGGCACCCCCCAGCCCACUGAUAAUAGUUCAGAUACCACAGUGACUGAGCCGGGUAUACGGCAGUUUACGCAGUCUCCACCGAGGCCGGACGAGCGGAGACAGGCAGCUUGUGAAGUGCCUUUGUAUGAACAAAACAGAGUGCGGAGGCCUUCCCAGCUGGAUCUCUCCAGUGACACAACCGACUACGACCCUCUACCACGACGUAAAAAGAGUCCUCACAGACGACGCAGGAGUAGGGGUCACGUCCUGAGUAAAAAAGUCAUGCGACAACCAAGAGGAGCCCCAGUGCCUAUUCGCCCUAGCAGUACAAGUACUACAAACAGUGAGGAAAUAACUUAUGCCUUCGAUGAUAGAGGGCACCACAGGCCUUCCAGCCCUUCAGAGGGAUAUCUUUCCUACCCCUACACAGAAUCUGAGUCAAACCCUUACUAUGUUCGAAGGAGAAGUCGGCGUUACACCCCAGUUGCCAAGUAUGAGGUGACACCAGACACACCAGGGACAGACGAGAACCGCCCCCUGAUGAUGUCAUUGGCCAAACCUGCCCUGGCCAGCCCUCAGGAGGAGGAGGAAGUUGGAUUGAUUGACAGAAUCUACCGCACUGUGAGCAACAGUGACCUUUCUGGUAGCCUCCUGGUGGAUGUCCCUGAGAGCCAAGACAAGCACUAUAUCCAAGGAUACACAGAAGAUUUUACUGUGGUUUAACACCCAGAAACAGAGCAUAGCAACUGUAACUAAGAACACAAGCUUUAUGCCUAGCAACCUAUAGUAUCCAUGGAUACAAGAUAAUGUCACAGUGGUUGUUACUAUUGUGGUUUGAUAGAAAGCAAAGAAUUCCUGUUCUGGUUGUUUGAGGCCUUAGAACAGUUGCCAAGUAACAGUGUCUAUUAACAGACUAGAUCCACUGAAGAUACUAGAAAUAAAAUGACUGUUAUAAGUAUCUGGCAACCCAAGAAACAGUUUAUCCAAGGAUACAAUUUACUUCUCAGUUUCAAAACUAAGAUACAACUUAGGUAUUGGGACAUGAAUGGCAAUCAUACAUUCAGACAACUGGCAGUCUGUUGAAUCUGAUUCUUGUGGUAAGAAAUACGUUCUGAGUAAUUAUAUUUGCAGCAUGUGCCCAUUACUUUUCCAGUUCUAGGAGAAGAUUAUGGCUGUUUAGAAGUUUCAGAAAGCUGAUACAGUAGACAACAAUCUGCUUGACUGCCUUAGCUUCUCGACUGAAACUGAUGAGAUGUUAAAUUUGCAUGUGAUUAUUUUCACAGCAUUCAGUGCCAGAUGUUUAAAUCCACUUCCUAAUUUCCUCAUUGUGGCAAAACAUGCCUAACACUUUCCAAUGUAGAGAUAUACAAAUGGGAUUUAAGGUCUUAAAGGAAGGAUAAGUCAACACAUGAAGACAUGGAGCCAGUAGCUAGAUUUAUCAAGGAAGUUCCUGUAUCACAAGAGAUUCAGAAAAAAAUGACAAAAUGACUUUUCUAUUGGCCAAAUUCAAAUGGAAUGUGCACUGCUAGAAGUCUUGUGCUCCUCAAAAACCUGAACAGUUUUUUAGUCAGAGUUGUAUUGUAUGCUACCAUAAAAGACAGUAUUACUGACUAUAUAGCUACAUACCAAAGACUGAACGGGGGAUUCUCCAAAAGGAUUUGAAAAUGGAGAAGAGUCACUGGGCAGCAGUUCUUCAUGUAACUUGGCAGAGUUUUCUGGAUUCGCACAAAAAGAACUUUCGCUUUCAUACAGCUGGCCACAUUUACACAUUGUAAAGGUUAAGGUCGUUGGUGAAGGACAAGGUUAUUUUUGAAGGCCAACUUAAUUGUUGAAGAUGGAGGGCGAAUCCGUGCAAAUGAUAGUUUGGCACAAUGACAUUGGAGACUAAGGUGACAUAUGAAAUGCCAAAGAAGCUUCUAGUGCCUACGUAGUACUUGUUUUUGGAUAUAUCAAAGCUAUAUAUGGUAAAUAAUUUUCGUAUAUGUUAUGAAUUUGCAAAAAGUGAUGUUUGCAUUUCUGAAUACAGAUUGUAAAAAUUGUAGCCAUGGAAAUGAUGAUAUAGCAGCUGCAACAUGCUUUCUUGAAAAGAGGUUUCAGUUACAUAGAAGAAGUAAAUGGAGUGUUUUACUGUAUUCCAAAGUGCAUGAGGAAAAGACAAUUCAUGGACAUAUACAGCAUUGUAAUUCUUUUUUUAACUGCACAUUUCAUGAUUCUGAUGCUGCCACAUUGAAAGUGUAAAUUUCCCAGGAUUUAUUCAUAUUUAAAGGAAAAGUGUCUCCAAAAAUUACUCCAAUGUUUAAAUAUCAUUAAUCAUAAUUAAGUACAAUAUUUUUUUCUUCAUAAAUUUUAUUUGACUUGUGCUAUUACAAAUAUUUAUAUGAUAAUUCAUGUGAACUUUAUGGUGGCCAUUCUUUGGUAUAUACUGAAUAUUAUGGCUUGCUGCUUUAAUAUCCUGAUGUAUUAUAAAUGUGUUAAUUUAUUUAUUAAGAUUCAUGGCAUGUGUGGUAAAAACCAAGGCCAAUGGAGUGCUAUGCCUAACACAUUUUACAUGUUAGUCUUAAUGGUUGCUAUUAUUGUGCAAUGAUAUUAAUUUUUUUGCCCCUGUACAUUUUUAAGAGGUAAUGCAUCAAAAUAAUUUUGCUUUCAAGAUUAGUGCAAUCCAUAUUAUUAUAUUGAUAUAAAUCCAAAGGUGUCAUCAUAACUGACACUGACUUUUUUUUACAAGUUUUGCUUAUUUUUUACCAGUCAGAACAGUAGACAUAUUUUAUUUUGUUUUCUUUGUAUUUUUUAAGAUUUUGCCCAAUCUCUGAACAGUUUGAUAUCAGUAUUAAGGUUGUGCAAUACAGUUUUUGCUGACAAGAUGGUGCGAAGCAGGGUACGAUCGUUACAUUUUUGAGAUGCUUUUACUUGUCAUUGUCAAGGCAACCUAUAUUAAGUCAGCCAGUACUCAUUUGUUUAUGUCUUUUUUGAAUUUCAGAAUUACAUUUAUUGCAAAUUCAAGCAGUGGUUUUGGUUGAUGGAAUAUAUACGGUAUAUUAAUUUAUUCUUUUUUUAGUUUGGGUUAAUGCAUUGACCAAACAAAUAUAUUUUUUAUCCUCAGAUUUCAGUUUACUAUAAUUUUCAUUUGAGGAAUAUUUUCUUUUUAUUUCAUUUUAAAAGUCAUAAUUGAAUAAGAGAAAUGCAAAUGCUGGGCAAUUGCAAUCAGUGUAGAUAAAAAUUCUGCUCUUUGAUGUACAUGCAUUUUUCUUAUGUUUCCAAGGUAGGUCAGAUACAUGUUAGUGUGAGAAUUGUACUAAAUCAAGUGAAAGUUAUUACAGUAAACUUACAAACAAAGUUUGGAAUUUAUUUUUAAUCUUAUGAAAGUGUGUUGGGAUUGGUUAGCAUUAUGACUCAAAUAUGCAUUGUUGUGAAAAUUCGAGCACCUGUAUUAAAAAAAAAAUCACAGGGGCUUUUAAUACCAAAAACAGAAUGAACAAUAUAUUCAAAAAUGUAUUCAGGGAGUGUGUUGUAAUACACCUUUUGAUUCAUAGAAAGUCAGAGUGGUGGACAUCAAAAAUAAACUAGACAUUAAAGGUGACACAUGUACAGACAAUAAACAAAGACAUUUCAAGAAAAAGAAUUUAAUAAAAUAGAAAUGAUGUCUUUGAAGUUUGGGUGGUGGGCCAAAUUGUGGUGUGCAUGUUAUUUUAAAAAUGCAGUCAAAAUUGGUUGCAAUAGUCAAGAAGCAUUGGAUCUCCAACAGAAACUUGAUUUGGACUAUAUGUGAAUUUGUUUUGUGAAAGAAGUGCUUAAUUUUGAUGCAUAUUUAAUUUUGUUGAUACACCUACAUGUAUUGAACAAGUGUGCUUGGUUGUUUAAUUUACUAUGCUUGUGCAAUACAGUUCACCCUUAUUGGGAUUAUCAUUAUUAUUUAUUCAGUGUGUAUAUACUUUAAAAUUGACAGUGCAAUCAUAUUUUGCAGUUUAAUUUCAGUUUUGAUAAAUUAAACCCUUUAAAUGAAUAUUUUGACUUUUUCAAAAUCUGCAGUUAUUUAAAACAUGCAAUGCUCAAAUGUUAAAUUGUCUGCAUACUAUAUUGCUUGUAGAUAGAGUAAUUUUUGUAUGUUUUUGAAGAAAUACAUUCUUUUUACUCUAGUAUGUAGUUUAUCAGAUUGUAAAAUGUACAGAAGAUAUAUCCAGUUUCUUUGAAACAGAGAAGCUUUUUAAGGUGACCAAUGAGGCAUCAUUUCUUUUUUGCUACGUAUACAGUCAGAUAAGUUGUCAUUUUUGUCUGAUGUCAAAGUGGCUUAAAGCUUUGUAUUGUCAUUUUAAUCAGUUUUUCAGAAUUGAAAAUAAAAUAUGGCUAUAAAUAAUAAUAAAGAUGAUUC